AAUUCACCGGCCGCCUCGAAGCUGCUCGACAUUUAUUUCUGGCGCAACGCUCGCGACCGUUGCGAGACUCGACUCCCAGCCCUCUCGGAUCGACGAAUACUUUAAUGUGAGGCUGUGAGCUGUCAUCUGCCAACAAAUCGAUCUCGUCGCAACCUCGUCGCCAGCUUGCCACCACCUUUGACGCAAUCCGAACAGCUUCGCGCCGCACUCUGCCUCUUCGUUACAACGUUGCGCAACUCGACCAGACUGGGUUGACUAGCGGCUCCAGCUCUGAGCCUUCAACGACGAUCGUUUUGGACAAGAACGAAAGCUCCCACAACAAGACGGUGCCGCCGAAAAGAUGGCCAUCUCCGGCUUUCUGUUCCUUUCAUGGCGCAUCUUCGAAAUCAUCACUCUCGUCCCCAUUGUGGGCAUGCUAGGCUGGUUCGUACACGGCUUCGUCGACAACAACCAGCUCACGCCGAACUUCAUCCUGGUGCUGUUCAUAGUAUCGGUACUGGCACUGGCGUGGGCCUUCUUCACUCUGAUCAGCUACUUGCGCGCCAGACACGACGCGUUCUUCGUGGCGCUCGUUGAUCUUGCAUUUGUGGGCGCUCUGAUCGCUGGUGUGGUGGAGCUUCGAGGCAUUCGCAACGCAGACUGUGCCAACUUCACCACCGGAAACCUCUACGUCGACUUGGGUCCAUUUGGAUACUAUGGCCGAGACGGAAGCGGUAAUGAUUUCGGAUUCAACGUCAACAAGACAUGCGCCAUGUUGAAGGCGAGUUGGGCAUUGGCCAUUAUCAACAUUAUCGCGUUCUUCGUCACAUUCCUUUUGGCUCUACUGGUACAUCACCACCACAAGGACGACGAUCGAGUCGUGGUGAAGCGCACAACAACACAUCACUCUCGUCACGGCCACCGCAGGUCAGGAAGCCGAUCUCGCAGCCGGGGAGGAUAUGUGGAUGGCAGCCGGCGCAGCACCCAUCGUUCAUCGAGCCGCCGGCAGUACUAUGUUUGAUUACGGCAACAGGUUUUACAGUAAGACGAUUCACGAAAGAAUGAUAUCCCCAGUCAGCAUUGAAGCAUGGCGUUUAAGUACAGAAGUGGCUCGAGUGGGUAAUCCCAUGAUAUAACGAAGCAAUUGACCGCAAACCAGACAAGAGAACUCGACAUGUGUCUUUCAAUGCU